AAAACGGCCCUGAGUCACUCCCAAACAGACACCUACAGCUCCCAAAUCGUCACGAGCAUGGCUGCGGCGGCGGAGCCGGCGGCGGUGGCGGAGUCGGCGGCGGGCGGAGCCGGCGGCGGAGCCUGCUUGCGGCUCCUCCUCUUCAGCGGCGCCGAUGCGCACAAGGUCAGUAGUGCCAGAGAGGGAGAGUGGCGUGAGCGUGGUGGUGGCGGCUGUGGCGGCGGCGUCUACGGCGAAGCCGGUGGCGUCUGCGGCGGAGCCGGUGGCUGCUGCUGCGGCAGAGCCGGGUUUGUUGAAUCACUAAUUUGUGGAUGGGGCUCAUCAUAUCACAUCCAAAUUGAAAUCAAAAGUUGAAAUGGCGUUGCCACCUGCUUCAAGCGAAUCCGAUUUCAUGCAUGUUUCAAAGAAGACAAGGUGCUCUCCAAGGUUGAACAACGGCUCAGCUUCACCCCACUUUGACAAAUCUAACACUGCUCAUUCUUGUCAUCUAUGCAGGACUACAUGAAAGAAUAUCGUAGUGAGCUAUGCAAAAGGUUGUUGUACCAUCGCUUUAACGACUUACAUCCAAAACGUCGUUUCUAAGCUUCAGAACCAAUAUGCUCAUUCGGUUCAAGCAGUGUCGGAUGUGUGCUUAGGCCAUUUUUGUAGCUCCCUCCCUCCCUCUCCCCCAACCAACAUAUGUAACAAGUCAAGUUUCAGAAUUGUGUAUGUGGCUACUGUUUUUGUCUUGAACUGGAAGGUUGCAAGGGGCACAACAAUCAAAGACAUGAACUCUGUAUGUGGCUACUGUUUUCAUGUACAUAUAUGUUGGUAAAGAAGUGGAUUAUAUUGCGUA